UCGCCGCCAUUUUGGAUGCGCCGCCGCUCCCUGAGGUGAUGCCAGACCCUCCCAAAGCUCCCCCAGAUUCGGGGUCUCUCCAGGCCCUGAGGGAGUCCCUGGAGCUCUCCCUGCUGCUCUCCCCGGCCGGCCCCGAACCCCCCGAGCUGAGCCCGGUUCUGAAUCUCCCCCUUCCCCCAACCCAAAAACUUCGACACAUCCAGGGGGCCCAGCUGCUCAGGGACAACCUGAAAUGGGAUCCCCUGGGUCCCCCCCGGGGUCUGGAGGCCCUGAGGACGGCGCUGAACAUUCUGGAAAAGUACGGCCGGAACCUGCUGAGCCCGCGGCCGCCGCGGCACUGGAGGGGGGUCAGGUUUGGGAACCCGGUGUUCAGGAGCACUGUGGGGGCCAUCCAGGGCGGCAGGGCCGUGCUGAAGCUCCUGGGGUACACAGAGGAGUCGGGGGAGGGGCUGAGCUUCCCUCCCCCCCCCCAGGGACCCAACCCCCCCUUGGUGGCCUCGGUCACCGCCGACGUCCUGGUGCUCAGGGCCGAGCUGGACCUGCUGCAGGCCAACCAGCACCCGAACCCCCAGUUCUUCACCGACAUCUUACUGGGAGAGGAUAAGUUGGUGUCGGACGCGCUGCCCCUGGAGCUCCUCCCGGCCGGUGAGCCCGCCCCCCCCGGGGGUGGGGGAGGGGCGGGCUGGGCCUGUCGCAGCUGCACCUUCCUGAACCCCUCCCCCAGCGUGCUGUGCCAGGUGUGCGAGCGCCCCCGCCUGGCCCGCAGGCCCACGCCCAGCCCCGCCCCCGGCCAGGUGUGGCCCUGCCCCCGCUGCACCUUCCUGAACCGAGGCCACGCCCCCUCCUGCGAGGUUUGCGGCCUGGACCACGCCCCCGCCGCUCCUGGGUCCGAUGACGUCACUUCCGGGUCUGGAGACGUCACUUCCUGUCCUGGUGAUAUCACUUCCUGUCCUAGUAACAUUACUUCCGGUCCUGGAUCAACCGUUACCACCUCAGAAGUGACCACGCCCACUCCUGCUGCUGUUGUCGCCACUUCCUGUUCUGGCCACGCCCCUUCCGGAAGUGCAACAACCACUUCCUGUUUGGGCCAGACUUCCGGAGCUGCCACAACCACUUCCUGCUUGAACAAGGCCUCUUCCGGAAGUGCCGCAACCACUUCCUGUUUGGACAAAACCACUUCCGGAAGUGCCUCAACCACUUCCUGUUUGGACAAAACCAUUUCCGGAAGUGCCGCAACCAUUUCCUGUUUGGACAAAACCACUUCCGGAAGUGCCGCAACCACUUCCUGUUUGGACAAGGCCUCUUCCGGAAGUGCAUCAACCGCUUCUGGUUCCGGCCCCGCCCCUUCCCAGGAUGCUUUGCGGCAGCGGAAGCUGUUCGAGGACGGGCGCCGCCUGGUGGCCCUCGUGAGGGCUGCUGAAGCUCAAGGCCUCCCCCCGGAAUCGCUCGGCCCCGCCCCCUUCUCCGAAAUUCCGGAAUUUUCCGCCGUCCCGGAAGUUCCCGGCCACGCCCCCGACAUGGCCGCCCAAAUCCGGCGCUUCCGGAGACGCCUCGGGGGGGUCCUCGAGGCCCUGCUGGAGGCGGAGCCUUCCCCGGACGGGGGCGGGGCCUCCCUGGGGCCGUUCUCAUUGGACGAAGCCGCCUGGGCGUGGCUGGAGGGGGAGGGGCGGCUCGACCGCGCCCGCUGCGCUCUGAUUGGCCGGCGGAAGAAACAGCUGCGCCUCCUGACCUCCCUGGGUUUCCCGGAAGCCGAAGCUGCGGCGGCGCUGGGGCGGCACCGGGGCGGCCACUGGGGGGCGCUGAGGGAGCUGCAGCAGCGCAGGCUCCGCCCCUUCCGCUUACGUCACUUCCGGGGGGCGGAGCCUGGCCUGGACUUCGACCGGGACGACCUGCAGGCCCUGGUCCGUCAGAUCCUGGCCACCCUCCCCGUGGCCAGCUGGGGCCGGGCCCUGCUGGUGGCCACGCUGGGCCGGGAGCUGGGACUGGGAACCCUUACUGGUCCCAGUAAGGAAUCGUUACUGGGAGAACUGGUGGAGGCCGUGGGGGCGUGUCCGGACAGGGCCGCCCUCAGGAGGAGGCUCAGGGCAGAGUGUGAGGUGUGCGGCUGGGGGCUGCCCCGGCAACUGAUGCAGUAUUUACCUGGCUGUUCCUGCCCUCUUUGCCCUGAAUGUUUCCGGCUCCAUUUCACCGUCGGGCUCCGCGAACGCGGCGUCGGCGCCAUAUUGGUUCAUACUGGUCUAUACUGGUUUAUACUGGUCCAUACUGGUCCAUACUGGUUUAUACUGGUUUAUACUGGUACAGAUGCAGUAUUUACCUGGCUGUUCUGCCCUCUCUGCCCCGAAUGUUUCCGGCUCCAUUUCACCGUCGGGCUCCGCGAACGCGGCGUCGGCGCCCUGGGCUGCCCCAGCUGCGGCCGCCCCGACCUCAGGGACGAGGCCCAGCGCCUCUGGUACUGGUCCACGCUGGAGCCACAGCUGCGGCGCUGCCUGGACCCCGACACCUUUGGCCUCGUGACCCGGAAGUUGACGGAGCUGGAGCUGCUCAGGGACCCCCAGUUCCUGUGGUGCCCCCAUUGCUCCUUCGGGUUCAUCUUCGAGGCCGAGCGGGGCCCGGCCCAGUGUCCCCAGUGCCACCAGCGCUGCUGCCCCCGCUGCCAGCUCCCGUGGGAGCCGAGCCACGCCGCGCUGUCCUGCGCCGAUUUCGGGGCGCGGCUCCGAGCGCGGGAACAGGGCGGGAACGGCGGCAACGGACUGGGGGAGCUCCUGGGGGACACUGGGAUUGAGUGCCCCCAGUGCGGGCUCUGCUUCGCCCUGGCCCGGGGGGGGUGUUUGCAUUUCCAGUGCUCCCAGUGCCAGCACCAGUUCUGCUCGGGCUGCAGGGCCCAGUUCCACCGGCCUGGGAGCUGCCCCUCCCCCCAGUGCCCCCUGAGGGGGUCCCUGCACGGUCACCACCCCCGGGAUUGUCUCUUCUACCUCAGGGACUGGGCCCCAGCCCGGCUCCAGCAGCUCCUCAGGACUGGGAACGUCGAUUUCGAGACGGAGCCGCCACCUGACGCCCCGCCCAACCCAACUGGUCGGUGCCCGGUGCCGGAGCAGAAGGAACUGGGAGCGACGCUGAGGGACGAACCCUGCGGGAGGGACCCGGAACCCGGCAUGGCCGGACUCUGCCGGGCUCACUACACCGAGUACCUGGUGUCCCUCAUCAACCGCCACGGCCUGGACCCGGCCCCUCUCUAUGACCGGGCCGAGCUGCGCGCCGCCGCAGAGCGCCACCUGGCGGCCGGGAGGAGCCGGCGCCUGCCGGGCGAGAGCGAGGCCGAGCACGAGCUGCGCAUGCGCCGCCUGCUGGGGGAGGAGGCGCCGGUCAGGCCACGCCUCCCGGGGGCGGGGCUGAGGCAGAUAUGUAAAUGAGGGGGCGGGGCAUGACCAUAUAUGGGGAAAUGGGGGAAAUUGGGAUUUUUUGGGUGGUUUUGGGGGAAUUUU